ACUUGCAGGUCAUUCCAAAAUGUUGUUAUAGAUAACGAAUCCAGAGUCAACUCUGUAUCCUUUCUUCACCAUCAAUUUUUUCAAUUACCUCUCCGCCAUGGCCACCGGCGCCACGCUCCUCACCGACCACCCCUUCCGGCGCCCUCACCUUUCCACUCUUCUCCGCUCCUCAAACAUUCCUUCUUUCCAUCCACUCCGCAUCUCUCUCCGUAUCAAUCGCCUUCGCCCCAACUUCAGGUGCUCAAUCGCCGAGGGCUCCACCGCCCUUUCUCCUUCCAAGGGCUCUGCUCCCUCUUCCAUUGUGGACUGUGUGGUCAUCGGUGGUGGAAUUAGCGGCCUCUGUAUUGCUCAGGCCCUUGCGACUAAGCACUCUGAUGUUGCCCCUAACAUCCUCGUUACGGAGGCGAGGGGUCGCGUUGGAGGCAACAUUACUACUGUUGAGAGGGAUGGCUAUCUCUGGGAAGAAGGUCCUAAUAGCUUCCAGCCCUCUGAUCCUAUUCUCACUAUGGUGGUAGAUAGUGGCUUGAAAGAUGAUCUAGUUCUGGGAGAUCCAGACGCACCUCGCUUUGUAUUGUGGGAUGGAAAGCUCAGACCAGUGCCCGCAAAGCCUAAUGAUCUACCUUUCUUUGACUUGAUGAGCCUUGGUGGAAAAAUCAGAGCAGGCUUUGGUGCACUGGGCAUUCGCCCUCCUCCUCCAGGUCGAGAGGAAUCAGUGGAAGAAUUUGUUCGUCGGAACCUUGGUGAUGAAGUUUUUGAACGCUUGAUAGAGCCAUUUUGUUCAG